AUGGCUUCCAAAGUGCGCGCAUCAUUUGAGCUCACUGGACGCAACUAUGUCGUCACAGGUGGUGCCCAAGGUAUCGGACUGGCCUUGACGAAAGCAAUUGCUGAAAUGGGCGGCAAUGUUGCCGUCUUGGAUCUUCAAGACAAACCGCUUGAUCAUUUUGCACAACUGGCCAAAGAAACCGGUGUCAAACUUCCAUACUUCCGCGCCGAUGUGGCAGACGAAAGUUCGCUCAAGAAGGCGUUUGCGGACGCAGUUCAGAGCCUGGGAAGGGUAGAUGGUCUUGUGACUAGUGCAGGGAUCGCACUUGAGAAGCCAUUUGCGAAAACCACUAGCGCAGAAGUAAACAGGAUAUUGCAAGUCAACGUAACUGGCACAUACACGGCAACACAGCUGUUCGCCGAGCAAAUCGAAAAGCAAGGAACCGGAGGAUCCGCCGUCUUGAUCGCCUCCAUCACAUCGCACACUGUACUCCCAAGUCACAGAAUGUCUGCCUACUCAGCGUCAAAGGGUGCCGUGAGGAUGCUUUCUCUAGCACUGUCUACAGAACUGGCGCCUCUCGGGAUCCGAGUCAACUCGAUAUCUCCUGGCUUCAUUGACACCGAGCAGACCAAGUUUGUGCGCGACCACAACCCCAAGAUUGCGGAGUUGAUGUUCAAUGCACCACCUCUCAAGCGCAUUGGUACGACGGAUGACUUGGUUGGGUCAGUGGUGUACCUGUUGAGUGAUGCGUCUAGCUAUACAACAGGCACGGAUAUUGCGAUUACAGGUGGCUUACAUGUUGGACGUCAGAUUGAUACUUGA